UAACUAACCACCGACGUAUUUUUUCUGCGCCCGUCGCACAUAAACAUUAGUUUGGCGACGAGAAUGUGACCGAAGAGCUGUUUUUUGCUUUGCUCUAUGUUUGAUUUCAGCAAUAUAUAAUGUUCGUAUAAUAAUAGCUAACCUGACUGUGUAGACCACAGACUCAUACUCAGUCUAUAGAGUAGACUGACCGUAUGAAACAGUUUGUAGUGCAGUUUUAAAACCGCAGGACACAGACUACACUGUUAAUAGACUCAGAAAUAUGAUGGAGGACUUCUCUGGUUUGGCUCUGCCUCCUCUGUUUGGAGGACACAUCCUGGAGGCAGAGCUGGAGCCAGGCGGUGUGGAGCUUGGACCUGGAGAGGUGGAGCUGGGCCCGGGAGGCAGCGAGCUGCUUGAGAGCACAGUGCAAGAGGAUGAAGAGAGAAGGGCUCUCGAUAAGAGGAAAUAUCUGGCUCUGAGCAGGAGAUGUAAAGAAAUUGAACAGGUGAAUCAGAAGAUGCUUGGCCGUCUUCACCAAGUACAAAGAAUUACACGGCGGUUGAAGAAAGAAAGAAGGUUUCUCAUGAAGACAUUAGAUGCUCAUGGGGAUGAUUACAGAAAUGCCCAGCUCACUAUAUUGCUUGAGGAUGAGUCUGGAGCCCAUUUAGAUCCUGCUGCUGGAGUGGACGAUGACCGUCUCAAUGGUCUGUCUGGUUCCACGUCGUCUGCAGCGAUGCAUCAUGCUGCUGGACCAAAGAAGAGGAGGCAUCGAAUUCCAAGGCAAGAAAAGGAUAAAGACCCACAGACUGAACCAGACAUGUCAGUGUUGGCAGACACACAGUUUGGAGAAAUGCCCAGCCCAACCUCUCUGUCUCACUGAUCAUUGCACUGCCCUGGAUGUGAUGACAAAGGAGCGCCCAGUUUCUUUAAUUUUUCAGUAGAUACUGUAGGCUGCUUCUGUUCAGCCAGGUUUUGCACUGUUUGUAGUUUUACUUGAAAAUUGUAAACAGACUUGAGUUCAUGUAAGGUAAAAUGAAAUGUUAUUUACUGGGUACAUAUAUACAUACAUAUAUUUUGUUCAUAUUAUUAUCUGUUUUCAUGUUUUGUAUUGGGAUUUGAUGACAUCACAUAAUUAUGACCAAUGGCAAGUUGUGCAAACUGUCGUGGGCAUCCUUGUUUGGUAAAGAUCUGGCAACUCAGACACAAUUAAAGCAGGGCAGAGUAUUUGAUGGCUUUCAUAGUACAUUCCUGGAUAUUAUCAAUGAUUUCAUGGUUCAUGAUUUUAUCUCAAUGAGCAGAGAGUCGUUAUCAAUGUUGAAGUAUCACAAAAUGCUAUUUGGUUCUUAGGUUGUACUAAUGCCAUGUUUGUUUAAGUUAAAGUUCGUUUUGUUUUUUGUUUUUUUAGCUUUUAAAGGUUUUAGUAGUGUUUAGAAA